ACUGGACCAGAGUUAUUUCGUCAGACUUGGAGAAGCCCAGAUACAGUCCGCUGAAGGACACAUGGCUUGAACGUUUAGCUGCGAUGCAAAUACUUAGCGAGGGUUGAUAUUAGGAAUUUAAGCACUGACCCUUUUUCGUCAGGCACGAGCGCCGUUACGUCGGGAGAAUAGCAAGAGCCAGUGUUGCGGCGAGUUUAUUAGCCAGCAACCACACUAUUAUUCAGCUCGAAAUAGAUAAUAAUAACGCGAGAGUUUGCAAGUUGCCUCAAGACUCUAGUUGCAACUGUCAAAGGUGGAGUGGAUACGCGCGUGACCCAAUACACAUUACUGUUAUACUGUACACGACCGCCGAGAUAAUAUCCGUAUAAAAACCGAAAUAAUCUCGAGGUAAGGAGCCGAGGAGUGAACCAAAAUCGAGCGAGAUUCGGUGCUUCUGUUGAUUUUUUCCUUCGCUUCGUUUUCUUUUACUCUAACCGACAUUGUCGACGCCGUCGAAAUUACUGCACUAAACAUAUUUUUGUGCCUCCCUUUAGCUUCAGUCAGCGCAAGGAUUUUUUUUUUACUCCUCCUUCGUAAUAAAGUCGCCAUUUUGCUUCACUGCCUAUAUAAACCAUCCCGUAUUCUAAUAUUUUUCCUCAAGGAGUCGGGGAUCUACUCGUUUUUCCUGGCUAUUUUCUUUAUAUUUCUGGAGUGUCUAAGGAGAAGACGGAGGUUGGAGAAGAGAAGUGCCUCGUGGUAUACAUAUUAAUGCAGGAAAGGAGGGGGGAAAGGCAUUUGGAAACUGGGAAUAAGGUGAAAGUAUCCAGGAUUUCGUUUCAUGUACAGGACAAAUUGUGAUUUCUCAACUCCUGCCCUGCUCAUUUUUCCGUCCACCUGAUCGUCGCCUGCAGAGUGGGGGGGACAGGACGACGGCAACGACUGUCCACUUCCUUUGAGGCCCCCCAACCUCAGUCUGACCGGCCGUUGACGCACAGCAGGUGUGAUUGCCAUGUAACAUCACAUUUGUGGAAAAACGCCCACUUUGGUGCCUGUCUCCUACCCCCCCUCCUCAUCCUCCUCCCUCACGUGGGUGACCCCGGGCCACCCCGGCUCCUGGUGCUGGGUGACAGACUGAUCGACAGUUCAGACAUGGAGAUCCCAAGUGGCCCCAGGCUUGGGAAGCUGUCCUCAUCAGGGCUGCCAAGGGGCCGAACCAACAAGCAUGGACAUCCUCAGGAGUUUGUUCGAACUAAGGCAGUCCCUGAAAACAACAACAAACACAGUCUACUGUGUGAUGAGCCAGCAGAGGGGAAGAGGAAAGGUCGCCCUAAAGCUGAAGUGCAGGAACUGAGAAGCAUUCCUGCCCAUAUGAUAGUACAAUGGAAGGAAGAGUUUAAGCGCCGCUCCAGAGUUAAAUGUCCGUGUUCUGGCUGUUGGUUAGAGUUUCCCAGCAUCUAUGGCGUCAAGUACCACUAUCAACGCUGCCAAGGGGCCACUGUAGCUGAGAAGCUGAGUCAUGGCUGUCCUUACUGUGAGGCGGUGUUUGCCACAAAGGUGCGCCUGCAGAAGCACAAGCUGUGGAACCAUCCAGACAGAGUUAAUAAGGAAGCCAAGGAAGAGCAGCCUAAGCUUCAAAAGAGUCUGGUCAAGUCCAACAGCAAGAAAAGGCCAAUGGAGAACAGGCCCCCCUCUCCGGUGUUCUUUAAAGUGAAAAAAACCCACGAGAUUUCCACGCCCUCUCAGAAUGGAGAGCUGACCCACCAGAAAAGUGAGCGGAAACAGCACAUCUACAGCCAAACUUCACAGCAGAUUCACCAAUCCCAGCCAGUGCAGUCGCAGUCCCAAAGCACAUCAUCUGAUGCAGGGGGAAGUGAAAGUGAGGGUGGCAGUCUUCCCUCUUCUUUCCCUGAUGAAGACCCUGAGCGAAUGAGGCACAGACGGAAGCAGAAAACUCCUAAGAAAUUCACCGGAGAGCAGCCCUCUAUAUCUGGAACAUUUGGAUUGAAAGGUAUGACUAAGGUGGAGGAGAAGCUGAAGGCGGUUCGUGGGAAGAGAUCAGAGGGGAGUGGGUCCAGUGAGGAGCCUCAGAGAAGACCUAUAUCCAGUCAGUCCUUCAAGAAGGAGUCUGCCACAACAAGUUCUGGUGCUUUUCCUGACACUCAGUGGCAGAGAUCAAUCUCAGAGCGAGGUGAAGUGGUGUGUCCAACCUGCUCCAUUGUCACACGGAAAACAAUCCACGGCCUCAAGAAACACAUGGAGAUCUGCCAAAAGCUCCAGGAUGCUCUGAAGUGCCAGCAGUGCCACAAACAGUUCAGGUCCAAGGCGGGCCUCAACUACCACACCAUGGCUGAACACAGCGCCAAGCCCUCAGGGAGCGAAGGCCAGACGGGCAACGAGCACGAAGACAGAGAAAGGCUUCGCCGAGUGCUCAAACAGAUGGGACGAAUCAAGUGUCCUAGUGAGGGCUGUUCAGCUCACUUUUCCAGUCUGAUGGGCUACCAGUAUCACCAGCAGCGUUGUGGAAGAGAGUUGUCUGACGAUGAGAAGACUGUGUUUUUGUGCCAGCACUGUGGAAAAACCUACCGCUCCAAAACAGGCCGAGACUACCACAUACGCACGGAACACCCCCCAACCAUCACCACCACCAUAACCGCCACAACAACCAGUGACUGCAAGGACAGCAUCACUGAUACCAACAAUAAUACCGGAAAGCAGAGGGUGGUAUCAGCAGAGUUUCCAUCUGGUAAGAAGAAGGAGCAGAGCCAGCCUGAGAGGAAGGACUGGCAAGAGAAAGCUCCAUCUAGCCAUCCUAAAGAGAAGGAGAGGGAAAAGGAAGCGGAGCGAGACAAAGAGAAAACAACACAAUUUGCAAGCCAGGGGGAGGACUUUGAAAGGACCCCCAGUGGCAGAGUCAGGCGGCGGUCCGCUCAGGUGGCUGUAUUUCACCUACAGGAGAUAGCAGAAGAUGAGCUGGCUAAAGACUGGGGCACCAAGCGACGCAUCAAGGAUGACCUGGUGCCAGACAGCAAGAGGUUAAACUACACUCGUCCUGGCCUGCCCAACUUCAGCCCGGAGCUGCUAGAGUCCUGGAAGAACCAAGUCAAGGAGAAGGGCUUCAUCUGCUGCAUGAACGCAAACUGUGAAGCGGUCUAUUCGAGUGUGUCCGGACUUAAGGCCCACCUCGCCAACUGCAGCCAGGGCGGUGGUGAAAUGGGAAAGUACACCUGUCUGAUCUGUCAGAAGGAGUUUAGCUCAGAGAGUGGUGUCAAGUACCACAUUAGUAAGACACACUCCCAGAACUGGUUUCGUGCAGCCACCACUCAAGUGGUUUCUAGUAACAAGGGUAAAGUGCUUGAGAACAAUGGAAUAAAAGCUGAGGUGAGGAAUGGUGCCACCACUGGUAAGAAAAGGGGCCGCAAACCAAAAGAGCGACCCUCUAUGGAUGUGGCUCUUCAAACAAAAACUGAAGCACUCCCUACUGCUCAAAACUCAAGCCCUAGCAUGACCCCUCCCUCUGGUCCAGCACAGUCCCCAACCUCUAUCCCUGACCGAACGGACAGUGAUAGUCCAGUCCAAAACAGACAGCCCAGCCCCUCCGCCAACAGACGAAACAAACCCAAGAGGCUGUCUUUUUCGGAGUAGCGCUUCUUCUGUUGACCCUGGGGCCAGAAAGGAUGCUUACUGUAAAUGUUGCGCCAGGAAGCUUAAAGACCUUUCUAUCUCCAGGAUGACUUGGCUCUGAGAAGAAAGCCAAAUCAACCAUUCAAGAAGUAAAAGAUUUGAAAAGGUCUUUAAGUCUCGGUUUGAGACCCCUAAGUUCAUGUGUGCACUGGUACAAACAAUAACCACAACAGUAAUGCAUUAUUUCUCCAUUCCACUUGUCUCCUUUUUAAGGCACACAUUUCAUUUUCUGUACUCACAGCGGGGACAUCAGUAGUCAUCGAGGAUAAAUUCCAGACCUUAACACGGAGAGCAAUUUUUAAACAGAGGUAAUAUUCCAAAUGAAUGAGAGUAAUUUCAUGUUGUGUUUGAGAGGUUUUAAAAAGGAAAUUCUAUUAGCAUGGUAAAGUCAUUUAAUGAUAGCUAGUGUUUUCACAUUUUUCCACAGAUAUACUGUACGGUGUACAUAAACGGUAUCUAUAUCUAUAUAUCUAUUUACUCAAAGCAAUGAUGCCACCUGUUAUUUUUAAAUCAACAUGUCCAGUUGGGUCAUAAGCAGUCAGUUUUUUGCAGUGUGCUUUUGUGCAAUGUUGUUUGAAUUUAAUUUUUUUUUUGCUUUUGGUUUAACAUUUGUUUUUUGUUUUAUUUUUACUGUUCAUGUUUUGUGUAAGCAAUUUUCACAUACAUAAGCUACAAUGUUGGUCAGUUGUUCCACACUUUUUUUUCCCACAUCCCUCGCUUUGGUGAUGUUUAUUUUUUCACAUAAUGAAAGGUAUCUGCUUUGACAACCAUAAUAACCAAUGUUCAAAAAUGAUUUCUUCUCAGAAAAUGUUCUUUUUCAGUGAAGUUGAUGAGCAGAAUACCCCAAAAGCUGAUGGUUUCCAUUUUUUUUUUCUUUUUGUAAAAUAUAACUUGGUUUUAAUUAUGUUUAAUGUGAUAUUAUUUAAUUGAUUUUAAACAUAAAAAAGAAUCUUGACGCAUUCUAAAAUAUAUAUGGCAAAAGUGUAAUAUUUUGACAGAAGGAAGAAUUUCUUGUGAAGCUUGUUGCACCAUUACAGCACAAUCAAAUGAUGUGACACUAUUUCUAAGGAGGCCAUAGUUGGGCUUUUGCUUUACCUUGAAACAUACUGAGGAGAUAAUAAAGUUACAAUCUUUUAUAGAGAGGUUGAUUUAUUAAACAGGAAAAAUGCAAGUUAAGAUUUACAAAAAAAAAAUGUAUAUGAGUGAAUUCCUGGAAGCUUAAAGUUAUUGCCUUGCACUUUAACCCGUGACCUUCUUGCUCCCCUCUUGUCUCUUUGCACUCCAGGUGUAUUCAACCUUACCGAUGUACAGGAGGGGGAAUAUUUUAAUCUGAUGAAAAGUUAUAGAAAAACAGCAUGGUUACAUUUUCUGUAAAGUAUCUAACACAGUAUAAUUAUGAUUCACCCCAAAAAGCCAUAACUGGUCUUAGAGAAGUUUAAUUGUCCUCUGUCACUUAAUGUUAGAUUAGCUUCAGUUUUGUACAUUAAUUAAAUGACUUAAUUACUUAAGAUGAAAGAAUAUUUUGACUUUAACAUGUUUAAAGUAGAUACUUGAAUCCACAGUUGUAUUAACAAAUUGAGCAAAUGAAAACUCCAUGAAUAUUUGAUCUGUAUGUGCAGUUUGUGUCUAUAAAAUAAUGACUUGCUUGCAUAAAAAAGGCAGAUCGUGAAUCUAUUUUAUAUUCUACUGUGUGUAUUGCCUAGAUAGCAAUCUGAUAGCUUUGUACAAAAUUGUGAUGUGAGGAUAUUCUGGUGAUAAUAAGGGUGCUUUACUUGCCACUUUACCUUAAGGACCUAAUACAACUCACUCAAGUCUACUAAUUCAUCCUGCCAUGUUUUCCCUCUCUGGCAAAUCAUCUGAAUUUUGCACCGAAAUGUCAAAGUCAUCAUUAAAAAUCAAGCACUGAUGUCAGCAGAACAUUUUCAAGAAACAUUGGAUUUAAAAAGUGCAUGUGUUCCAGGUGGUUUCAUUCCUACGCUGUGACUUUUUUUUAUAAUGUAAGGCAAAGAUUCAAUCUAAAUUCCUCCAUUACUAAUCAGAAGAUGGAGUUUUCAGGUGGGGAUGAUUAUGCACACGUUUCUGUUCACUGAACCUUUAUAUUCUAUCGAGGUUCAGUUGACAAAAAGCAUAAGUUAGAUGAGCACUGAUUGGUCUGUGGACCUUUUCAAUGAGUUGUCCAGAUUUGUGUGUGUGUGUGUGUGUGUGUGUGUAUGAAUGACUGGGCAUGUGUGUAUUAAACAAUUAGCACCUUUGUAAUGACUGGAUGUUAGAAAUGGUGACACUUUUGUUGAGUGUUAUGCUGUGGCACAGAGUUCGUUCAUCAGCUGCUUGUUUCUUGUUUCAUUAAUGACGUCACAUUGACUGUGUUUACCUGAUGAGCUUUGGUGUUGCAAUAUGAUAGUUUAGCACUGCUUUUAACAGUGGGUAUUUUAUAUUUUAUCACACCCUUUACUAUCUGUCUUCCUAUGACGUGGAAAACACAUAUCUAUCCCGCAGUGUGAGCUAACUGCAAUGUUUAGAGAGUACAGCAAUACGCCAUAUUUAGCUGAUUUUGUUGGCUUGCUAAUAUUUUGAUAUUGAUGUGUCUUUUCACAAUUGUAUGGCUUUUUUCACUCCCCUACUUUUGUUUGUUUGCUUUUAAAAUGCUUUUUUACAUAUGAAUUCUACAGAAAAAAAUGAAAAAGAAAAGUUGAAAAAACACACAACAAAACCUUGUUGACAUACACUUAUUUUAUUCAUUUUGAUGACGCACAUAAAUUUAGCUUCCUUUUUUUUUCAGUACAUGAUGGCAAACACAUUGAGAGAAUCCUUUAUUGUUAUCUAUUGGAUAUGGGGCAACAAGGCAUAUGUAUGUGUGUUUGUUUCUGUAUUUAGUGCACUUACUAUAACAUGAAAUAGGCUUGAAAUAGGAGUGUUGUUGGAGCUUUCUAGUUACCUGGACUGUGUGUGGUGUGACUUUUUUUUACCUGGGAAAACAGGAGGCUCAAGUGUCUUCCCUUUUGUCAGCAAUGUUAUUUCCAAAAGGAAGGUUGAUCCUUAGCAAUCCCCUUAGACAGCCUGCAAAUUCUACCUUUUUAUUUGGACUACAGUGAUUCAUUUUGUAUGCUGUGUACUUGAAAAGCAGGAAAUGGCAUCUGGCCCUGUCUUCGGGGCCAUCAUGACUAAAAUUUUAGAGUUUUAUGAGAUAAUGUUACAGCUCAUGACUGUUUACGAUACAUAGGUAACAAAUAAAAUGAGACUAAUGAUGUAUUAAAGAUUUCUAUAUCUGAAAUUAAGAUGUAUAGUACCUAACUUUGGAGACGUCAACGUCUCCUUUGCGUCCGAACUGUUACAUUUUUUCUCCCAAACUUGUUGUAUGACUUGUGCAUUAGUAUCCCUCAACUAAUUAAUAAAAGUUUGUUGACUAAA